AUGCUGGUAAUAAUGGAUGACUUUAAUGCAAGAGUGGGUGAUGAUUAUGAAACAUGGAAAGAGGUAAUGGGAAAAUGUGGAAUUAUUGGUGAAGAGACAACAGAUAAUGGUCUAAGACUUCUGGAAUUCUGUUUGGUGCAUAAUUUAAGUGUUACAAGUACAUUCUUUAGCCAUAAGAAUGUACACAAGUACACUCAUUAUAGUCGUAAUAAAGAGGGUACAAAGAGUCAGAUUGAUCAUAUACUGAUAAAUCGAAGAUGGCGAACAUCAGUUGAAGAUACAAGAGUAUAUCGAGGAGCAGAUUUUAUGAAUACAGACCAUCGUUUGCUCUUAUCCAAAAUAAAGAUCAAACUGAAGGUAAUGAAAAAUGACAACAAGGUCGUUAAAGCAGACGUAGUGCAGUUACAGAAUCCAGAAAAAAGAAUAGACUUUGAGCUCAAGUUAGCAAACAAAUUUGCUUCAUUGAAGGACGAAGCUGGAAAUUUGGAGAAGAACUGGGAAAUACUGAAAGAAGCAACAACAUCAAGUGCUCUGGAAGUAUGUGGUAAAAAGAAGAAAAACAAAAAAAGAUGGUUCAACAAUGAAGUAGAGAGUUUGGUAGAAAAAAAGGUAAAACUGUUCCAUAAAUGGCAAACAAUUGGUAAAGGAGAUGGUCAAACAGCCAAUUGUUCAAAUAGACAACACUUUGAAGGUCUCCUUAAUGUUGGAAAGGAGCUGGCAGAAGAAACAUUAUUGAAAUUGGAUGAACAGGAAAGUGACUUAGAAGAACCAUAUCCAACAGAAAGAGAAAUAACUGAUGCAAUUAAAGCAUUGAAAAACAACAAGGCGGCAGGGAUAGAUGGUAUUCAUGCAGAAAUGAUCAAAGCGGGUGGUACAACAUUGGCAAAAUAUCUUUAUCAAAUGUUCGUUGAAAUAUGGAAAGCAGAAAAAGUUCCAGAAGAUUGGGUGAAAGCAGUAGUGGUCCCAUUAUUCAAGAAGGGAGAUAGAAGCAUAU